GGCGAAAGUCACAUAAACGCACCAAGUUCGUGGCCACAUGGUCCCACAAUCCGACUGGACGUGAUUGUGAGAGGAUGGACCGACCGAGCAACUCAUUACAGCCAAGAAGUGCAGGUGAACGACAACACGAUGACGCUAUCGAACGUGAAGAUCGUCCGCAGCUGCUACCUGUCACGAGCCGCAUCUACUGCACGUUCAGCGACUGCCUGCAAUGUACCCACGGGUUCAACGACUCGUACUUGAGGAGCUAUCGACCGAAUGGACUAAAGGUGCUUCGGUACGCAUUUUUCUAACUCGUCGGUGGAAGACACAUGGAGGACGGACUGAUGAUGGCCCUCCGACGUGUGUUUAGAUGCUUCCCACACUGCUGUCCCACGCACAUGCUCAACAGCACGUGCGGCACGUCCAUCGUCAUGCAGGUCGCGGGGCAAUUCUCCCAUGACGAAGCCAUGUCGUUCGUGGCGUUUGCUCGGUUUGAAACGACAUCGGACCCGCCGUCCUUCCCCCUUGGGUACCGUCUCCCGGCUGCGAACUUUGCCGAUUCCGACUCGAAGGCAUCUGUGUGGUAUCCUGGAGGUCGCUCCACCAACGAGCCCUCCACGGUUCUCAUGCGAUACACCUUCAACGAGCACAUGCAGCGUCCAUGGAGCUACGGAUGGACGUCCAGUGCGAGCGCCGCCUUGCGCAACACCCUCCAUGUGUUCAAGGCGUAUUUAUUUUGCUCGACGGGCGACUUUCUCCAAGUGGUGGGCACCUCACAGUCGCGGGGAUUCUCCAUUAUCCCGUAUAAGAGUGCGAUGGCGGACAAGCGCGUCGUCGUCCGCGCGCCAUCUACCGCCGCCGCUGUGUCGACGACGCCCGCCAUCGCCCCUUGCAUGUCUUCAGUUCUGUUUCCAUGUCAUUUUGUGCCGUGUGCAUGUGAUAAGCCCAUGUUUAACGCCAACUACAUUCGGUAUAAAGCUAUAAACAAUCUAAUAUUUGUGAUGAUAAAAAAUCCCUUGUGUCUGUAUGCAGGUGCAAUCGCUCGAACGGCAGAAAAGUGUUUUCCCCACUGCUGUCCCGACCAUAACCUUCACUGCAGCUGUGGGGGGCCCAUCACCGUGGCCGUCCAUGUCAACCACCCGUUGGACGGCCAAUUGGUCAUGUAUGCCCACGGGGAACGAGCGGGGGAAGCAGAGCUGGCGCUGCACGAGGAAAUUUCCCACGACGUGAUUCUGUCCAACUUGCACGAACCAGGUCACAACGACCGCGGCGACUGGGUACCCGGCAUAUUGCAGCAGCAGCAGCCGUCUGCUUCUGCGUCCUCUCAGUCCUCCACCUCGGUAUAUGUUGUAUCUGCUAAAAGCAAUAUAUAUAUAUAUAAAUCGACUCGAAUACUCCAUGAUUCCGCUUGAAUAUGAAACGUGGUAUAUAUAUAUGUGAUAGACUCGAGUGCUGUACACGUUCAACGAACUCUCGACGCAGUUGGGAUGGCCAUACCAUUGGAAAGGCAGCGCGACCAAGGCCGACCGCAACCAACAACACGUGUUCAAGGCCUAUGUAUUUCAACUGUUACCUGACAACCAAACCCUGCGCGUGGUCAACUGGAUCUCGUCCACGCCGUUCACCAUGUCAUCGUUUCGACGGUGCAACACGACGCCGACGUCCCGAACCAACAAGUACAUCCAAGUCAUCCCCACUGAAAUAUCAGACGUCCGGAAACCAACAGUGUCGCGGAAGCGGUCGCAUCAUGAUCAUGUGGACUCACCCACGACGCUCCUCAACGAAAUCAACUCGGCGGGGUAGUUAGUUGGUGUUGUUUAGUCGAAUGUGUUGCAAUCGACUGCUUACCAAUUACAACUGUACUACUAGUACUACUAACUACUAGUAGUACUAUACUAGUACUACUAACUACUACUAGUACUAGUACUAUUACUACUAACUACUAGUACUGUACGAC